AUGACCGAAGAUAUUGAUGUUAUAAUCGAUCCGGAGUAUGCUUCUGAUGAGGAACUGUUCCGUAUGAUACACACCGUCAUGGUUGAGGUGGGGAGAGAUUUGAGCUUUGGAGAGCAUUGGAUAAAUGAUUCAGUUGCUCUAUUUCUCACUCAGCCUGCUCGCAAAUCCAUUUUAGCGAUGCUAAGAAACAAAAUAUUGUUCUCUGGUCUGGUGAAAAUUUACAGGUACUGGCAGUGCCAUUGGAGUGGGGCAUGGAGACAAAUCUCUGGCAUCUCUUCACCAGGCCCCAUCAUCACAAAAUUGCCACUGAUACUGAAGACGUCAUGGUUAUUCUGA